CCCAAAAAAUCUUUCUUUUUCAAGUCAGAGAAUUCACAAUUCUUCAAUUCUUAAAAGAAAAAGAAUAGAGUAAAUUUAGUUUUCAUACAAUAUCUUAAUUGAAUUCUAUAUUAUGAUCAAUAAAUUAAAUCUAUAUCUAAGCAUAUCAAAAUACGAAAACCAAAGAAGCCAUAAAUAAAACUUAAGAUCACGAAUCCUAACAAAGCAAUCAUAGUAAGUAUAGCUGGCUAUGUUUGAGAAUGGGCACCCACAGAACGUAGGGGAAAAAGGCAUUGCCGCAGAACAAUACUAAAGAAAUUGAUGAGACGUUGAUGUGUUUACCUAUUUUCUAAGAGCGCUUUUCUGGAGAUGUUUAGAUUGAAGUAUACGCAGGUCCCUGAUGUGUCAAGAAUGUUGUGAGUUAGUUCAUUGUGUGCUAAAAAAGACUGAAAUGAAGGUAGCUACCUGGUCGGUCUGUGGAAUCUUAUUUUGGACUACUUUAUUCGGGAAUGGGAAAUUAUGUUCGGAUUACUGCGGCUCACGUUAAAUGUAAACAUGUUGUAUAUGUUGAUAUGAAUUGAACUAUCUAUCUGGUUUGCAAUUGGGAUUCAUGGGUUUAGGUUCAGGUAAUUACGCAUAGUUGUUUAAGAAAUUGUUUAAAACAACUGUGACAUUAGAACUAAUGUAAUGGUUCUGUUAGAAGAGGGAAUCAUUAAACCAUCCAAAAAAAUGGAUUUUCCUCUAAUUUCGUAUGUGGUGGGGUUUGAAAUUUUAUUUUGUUUUAAUUAUUGUUGAUAUGAUUUCUGAAAUAGCAUUAAAGGUUCCUUUUUUUUUUCAAAAAAUGGUAAUCCACCAAUUUGCUUGCCUCACAAAUUAUAAACAUAGGUACAUAAGGCUAGUAAUAUUUUUAAAAAAUUGGUUGUUGAUUCUUAAUGACCCCUGUUUUGAUUUUUAAUAUUCUUUGGUUACUAACAAUUUCCCACUCUCCAUAAUGUUAAGUGAUUUUUAACAAUUCCUUAAGUAUCAAUCGUCCGUGUAUUGAUCAUUAACGGUGUUGCUUAUCCAUAGUUUGGUUAUUGAUUAUUUACGAUUUAGUGUGUUGUUUAUCAAAGAUUGAUUAAGUGAUUAUUAACCACUUGGAAGCACGUAUCAUUAACAUUGGAUAAUGAAAAUGUUAACAGUGGAUAGCUUCAGCGUUAAAGCUGAACGGAUGCAUGGUUAACAGUGGCUAUGAACCCUAGGUGUAUGUUCUACUACUAAUAGCAUAUUGUCUGAAAAUCAACACUCGCUACUACUUGAAGCACAGAAAACCCGAGGAAGUAAAUGACACCUUGGAUUAGUCUCAACUAGUUGACGCUAAUGAGGAGGACGAAGAAGUGUAGAGAACAUUGCAUAAGAUUGCGUUUUACAAAUGAAACUCAGCACAUUCCAUUAAUUUAGUAACGUCAAUUCCCUUUUUCAUUCCAUUUUCCUUUUUUUAGUUAACGUUGACAACCAUCAAUAUUGAGUUUGCCUUUGUUGAUUUGAAUAUUUUCAUCUGUCUAUAUAUAUAAACCUAAUAGUUGCAAUGUAGUUAAGCAACUUCUUAAAUAUCAGGUGUAAACACUUGAUCUAACUCGAGGUCGUGCUAGUCUCAAUGUUACACUUUUAUUUUCUGAUCUCAACCUAUUUUAUUUAUCUUUUCUUUAGAACUUAGGGGUCGUUUGGAAGUUGCGAUAGUUUUGUUGAGAUUGUCAUUAUGCAUGUAUUGUUUACAAUGCAUCGUUUUUUUGUUUUUUAGUAGAAACAAUACAUGGAUUGUUUCUAUGAUGUGACAGAAACUAUCACUCAUUUUGAGUGAUUGUUAUAUCUCAACUUUUAGUUGUGAUUGUUGAGAUAGUUGAGUUGGGAUUGUUUUGUCUCGGCUUUUAGUUGAUGCGACAUACACAAUUAGGGGUGGAAAUUGGGGUGGGUGUGGUUACCCGCCCCACAUUUUACGGGUACCCACACCCACAAAUUUACAAUUAUGCUAUCCACAACCCGCACCGCAGUGGUUAGUGGGUAGCCACUACCCAGUGUGGGUUUGUACGGGUUGGGUGUGGUUACCCGCAAAAAUCCAUAUUUGCAAGCAUAGAGUUCUAGUCGCCACCAACGUAUUUGUUGUUCGUAACUAGAUUAUAGUGAUAUGCACUUGUGUUGUUCGUGGAGAUACAAUUUUGUACAUCGAUCUUACUCAACGUGGAGAUUUUUUCUUUUUGAGUUUGGUAUUUAAAUUUUGUGCCAGAGAGCUGUGAUUUUAUAUUUCCCCGACUAGGGGUGAAAUAUGACAAUUAAAUAUGAUCUUGUAUUUUUUUUUCACACAAAAAUAAAAACAACUGAUAAAAGUUAUAAAAGGUGUUCACUUUUAAUGAAUUGAUUAUUCUCCACUCUAUCGAUUAUAGUGUUUUAUAAACUAAAAAAUUCUUACAUAAAACUGAUUAGGUGUGUCUUUUUUAUUUGGUAGCUACUUUAAUUUUUAUCCUCGCACUUUUCACAUACUAUUAUAUUAUAAAAGUUAAUUCACUAAAUAAAUAUAAUUAGUGUGGUUAUUGUGGAUUUUGUGGGUUAUCCGUGGUGGGUAGUGGAUAACCACUAACCACAAAAUUCGUUAUUUUACUACCCACUACCCACAACUUAUGGGUAUGGUUACCCACAAUAGGUGCGGGUUGGUGCGGUUUGCGGAUUAUCCACAACCCGCAACCCAAACUUCCACCCUAUACACAAUCACACAUACGAAACGUUGUAUUCUACAAUGCAUCAAAUUCGACAAUACAUGUAUAAUAUUAUACAUGCAUUCUCCACAAUACAUCUAUUUAACAAUUGCAACUUCCAAACUACUCCUACAGAAAGUAGAGGUGUCUAUAUAAACCUUAUAAUCUCUCAACAAUUUAUAUAUUCCUCAAAACAACCAUCUUCAUCUCUUAUGCUAAUCAGCUAACUAACACACUUUGCAUUAGUAAAUUACCAAAUUCUAUAAAUACAUUUACUUUCUUGUUUUUAUCGAUUUGAUCAUACUUCAUAAUCCUCUAAUUACAAACAGAAUGAUUGAGCAGGGUUGAAUAGUGAACUACCCACCCUAUAGCUAAAUUGGUGAAAAUUAUGAUAGAGCUGGGAUCUUCCUAGCCUUUACCCUUUUCCCGUUUGCGGCAAACAUAUUGUAGGGGAAAGGGAAAGGAAGCGUAGGAGAAGGGGAAACCCGUGGCCACUCACAGAAAUUUGUUUCUUUGUGCUCUGUUUUUAUUUGGCUAUCUAAUAAUAAGAGAAAAUCAAAGGGGCAAAGAAGACAAAGAAUCCUCUCACGGCACGCAUUUUAUUUUCGGAUCAUCAGCUUCGGGCCAUCCAGUGGGCCCGCCGGCAGGAACCCACCCCACCCCCAUGCCUAAUUAAAUUCCUGCCUGCCUUUCCAUUUUACAACGCUAAUUAACCAGCGGAUGGCUCUGACUAAUCCACAGUUCCCACACACACUUGACUUGACUCCAUCCAUUAUUAACUAAAUUAAGACAAGAAGAAGCACUUAGCAAUUAGACCCAUGCUUUAUUUUACCUUUUUGGCCUUGGAUCGCAGGCCACCUCACCCACUGAACUUUUGACUGCUUGCUAUUUCCUGAGUUUGUUGACUUCUUGUUCUGUUCUGUUCUGUUCUCCUCCAAACGUUUGCACUGGUGAACAUCUUUUACUGACCAUCUUACCCUCUUCUUUCGUCCAUUAUUUCAUACUCUUCCCCUAUCGUUUGGUUGAGUACAAGAGUGCAAGAACAAAGAACAUUAUGAGCAUGGUUGUCAUGCCGGUGGCAUGCCAUCCGGUUGAACCUCGUUCAAGCUGUGCCAGUCAUGAAACCGGCAUGAUACCACCGGUAUGAUCGACUUACGCAUUUUUAAGUAAAAUGACAUAAUUCUAAUGAAUUUAAUGAAUAAAAAAAUUAGUUUAUUAUUCAUUUUAUGAAUGUAAUAGUUAAAAGUUGAUGAUAUUUGUUGGAUUGUAACUAAAUUGUCCACAAAUAUGUUUUAUAUAUGAUUAAAUACAUUGGAUAUUAAUUGUUUUCACAUUUUUUUAAACCGGCAUGAACCAGCACAAACUGGUUAUACCCCCGGUCGUACCGUUCCACUUGCCAAACCGGCACAACGGUAUAAACCAGUUUGACAAUCUUGAUUAUGAGAGAUUUACACAAAUUACUUGUUUUGCUUUUUGUUGACAAAAAAUUUCAGGUGUCGUUUGGUAAGCAUGUAAUCUAUCCACGGAUUUCAAGAUUACAUGAUAUUUGUGAUUUCACUGUUUUUCUUGUUUCAUUUUUGGACAGAUAUCAUGAUAUUGGUGCAUCAUGUAAUUCUAGAAUUCAUGUGACCAUGAUAUCUCAAAUGCUUUGGAUUUACCCAAAGUAUUUGAGAUUUCAUGCCAAAUUAUGUGGGUUCUACCAUGAACUCAUGCAAGCCAAACAAUGCAUUCUAAUAUUACCCAAAUUCUCACGACUCAACCUACAAUAUACAUGAAUUUUUCAAAUACAUGAAUUUUACAAACAAAUGACUCAUACAAAAUGAACCCGUAUGCUAUCAUUCCCAAAUACACCCAAUCACUUUAUUCAUUCACACCCUCACAGACACAGCUCGUCAAUUUUAUAAAAUCUUUGAGCCAAAAUCACGAUCGAUCCAACUAACCCUGAAAUUAUUAGAAAUCAUUAGUAGAUCAACAAAAACCUUAGCUUCUACAAAUUUUGGGACUUCCCAAAGGCCAGAAAGAACAAGUCCCUUCCCUUCCCCUCCACAAAUCUCAUCUUCUUCUCCAAAUUUCCCCAAACCCCCAAAAAAGCCAGCACAGCUCCCACUUAAAACUACACAUAUACUACAAUAAACUCACUGAUUCUCACACUCCCCCAAGCAAAGCUCCCUCACUUCCACCAUCUCUCUCUCUCCACACAAUGUCACCACCACCACUCCUUCUCGUCCUCCUCCUCCUCUGCUCCGCCUCCGCCACCGCCUCCGCAGCCGGCAAAUCCACCACCACCCCCGCCGCCGCCGCUCCAGCUAUCACCCCAACCUCUUCCCCGGCCACCGUCCCUCCUCCCAAGACCAUCCCAUCUCCUUCCACUUCAACUCACUCCACACUCGACCCAAAGCAGCUCCGAGCCCUGCAGUCACUCAGCAUUCCCACGGCCAAAGACCCCUGCGCCCAGCCUUCCCCUCACAACGCCACACUCUGCGACGCCGAAUCCCCAUUCCGCCACGUCGUCUCCCUCCACCUCUCCAACUGCUCCGACGACGUUUCCCUCUCCUUCACCGCCCUCAAGUCCCUCUCCACCCUCCACACUCUCUCCUUCACCGACUGCCCCAUUACCCCUAUCCGCUUCCCUUCAGAUCUCGCCCUCGCCCUCCGCUCUUUCUCUUGUGCGCAUUCUCUCAAACGCCUCACGGGCGUCUGGCUCUCCCACUUCGCCAACCUCACCGACCUUACCGUAACCGAUGUCCCCGUCACCGCCAGCGGGCUCUACGUCGUCAUCGGGAAUAUGCGCGAGCUCCGGUCGCUCACCAUCGCGAAUGCGAAUCUCACGGGCUCGAUUCCGAAGCAUUUGGUGGAGAAUCUCACCCAUGUGGAUCUUUCGGGUAACAGGCUUAAGGGUAGGAUACCCAGUUCAAUUGCAAUCCUCGAGAAUCUAGAAAGCCUCAAUCUCUCCUCCAAUUCGCUCGCCGGGGAGCUGCCGGCGAACUUCGGGGACUUGAUUUCGCUGAAGAAUGUGUCGCUGGCGUCCAAUUCGUUGUCCGGGUCGAUCCCGGAUUCCAUUUCGGCUAUUCCAGGGUUGGAGCAUCUCGAUCUGAGUUCGAACCAGUUCAAUGGCACAAUCCCCAAGUUCUUGACCGACAUGAAGCAUCUCAAGCACUUGAAUCUCGCCAACAAUGGCUUCCACGGCAUUUUGCCGUUCAAUGCCUCGUUUCUCAAGAGAUUGGAGGUUUUCAAAAUCAGGGGUAACGACAAUUUGUGCUACAACCACACGAGCUUGUCGUCCAAGUUGAAGCUAGGGAUUGCUCAGUGCGACAAGCACGGAUUGCCCAUGUCCCCGCCGCCGUCGAAGGAUCUGACUUCAGGGGGUGACGACGACUCGUCGGAUUACGACGAUGGAGACGACGACGGAUCGAGUAGCAAGAAAGAGGGUCAUCAUGGGCCGAAUAAGGUUGUUCUAGGGCUUGCGAUUGCCCUCUCUUCCAUUGUGUUCCUCAUUGUUUUCCUUAUUCUUCUGUCCAAGAGAUGCACCUGAGAAACCCAAACAAAAAAAAAAAAACGUAUUACCACUGUAUUUUUUCCCCUUUUGUGUUUGUCUGUUUAGAACUGUUAGAUCAGGGGGAAGAUUUGUUAAUUGGAUACUAUGUUUUGUCUGUGCUAAUUUUCACUAUUUGUUGAUUAAUUAAUGUAUACGUUGAGAAAGAACAAAAUCGACAUGAAAUGGAAGGGUCUUGAACAGAGACUGGUCAUGGAUUGUUCCGUAGAACAGUGGAAUGUUUCUCUGUUCCCAGUUACUGUCUUACUGGAGUGUUGAGUUAUUGGGAAAAUUAGCUGUAAAUUCUCUCAUAUAAUGAGAAGGAUUGGAUCUAUAGAGUUGACUGUUGUUGAUUUCUCCAGCACCAGACCUUGACCCUUGUUCUUAUUUUUAGUCAAAGGAACAUUAAGACCAUUUGCUCUCUUCUGUCCAAAUCUGGCAAUUAUGUUUAUGUGACCGAUCAGCAUAUAUUGACAUUGUUGGAUUAGCCUCCAACAAUUUUUCAAUCGUUCGAUCGAGCUUGGUGACUCUUUUGUUAACAAUGCUACUGCACUAAUUCGAUAGCUGAGAGAGCACAUGCGAGAUGAUCGUCCAGCACGUCAGCUUGAUAAGUCAUAUUAAGAUUGACUAUCAUGGAAGGCAGAUAGAUACUGAUAUUUCGACUACUACUGAUCACUUCUCAGCAAGUUUUCUGCAAUUACGGUUGUACUUUCUCCAUGAAACUGCACAUGUAUUUUCCAAGAUCUUUGGGGGAGAUUGCUUCUCUGUGAGCGGAGCUGGAAGCUAGGGCAAUUUCUUGUUAGUGUUCACAAUGUGGGCUCAACCAACCUUUAAGAUGUAGCUGUGGGUGAAAUCAAAUAAGUAGCAGUUAAGGUAUGAUAUGAUAUACAGCUAGCCAGGCUCCCACUCCUUAUAAUUGGAGUUUUAUGAGUGCAAGCAACAAAACCAAAUCAUAAGUGGCACUUCCAACAACCAUUGUCAUGAUGUUUACGAAUUUUUCUUAUUUUACUACAAUUGAGUUCCAUCAUUAUUACACACCAUGUGAUGAAUUCUUGGGCACCUCCCAACCACCCAGCAAAUCCUCUGCCACUUUGGUACAGAAAGUGAACCUCCAGAUCCUGUGAAAAUGAAUGCUCUGUAUGUGU